AGAGCAGAUGGAGUGAGCGAAACUACCGAGAGGACCAGAGAGGCUUUUAACUGUGUGUCUCUGUCAUUAACUCGCUUUAAAACCUUAAUAUCAGAGAACCGGGUUACACGAGAGCGGUCCAACAGUUCCUCAUCUUGGCACGGAUCAAAGAAGGUGUUUUUCAGGUCUGUGGAUUACGCACGGCGGAGCUCCCGGGACAGAGAAAAGUUUUGAAGAUUUUAGUUUUGUCGCACAGGAAUGCCAAGAAAGGUCUCAGCGCGCACAAGCUGCCAUAUAACUAAAAUUAUCAUCUGAGUCUCUAUGGAGUGAUUUCGCACCUUUUUUUUUAACUUAUCACUCAACGGUUUCACUCAUGCUGAUAUAGACUUAAGUUAUUCAUGGAUUAGAAGAAACUGGGACUUUAACAAAACAUCUGACAAGUGAAACUUAUCUUAAGGUAUAUGCUUUGGGGGAUGGCAACAGCUACCUCGAGUCCAUACCUAGCCAGCAGCAGGAUUUUGUCCGGCCCGGUCCUUCACUCUGAUCGGAGGGGUGGUGGCAUGCAGCCGGGCAGCACUGCUAUAACCACGGUGUCUAGUGGAUACAGAGGGGAUCCUUCAGUAAAGAUGGUGCAGAGUGACUUCAUGCAGGGUGCCAUGGUGGCGAGCAACGGGGGCCACAUGCUAAGCCAUGCCCAUCAGUGGGUGACAUCGUUGCGAAUGCAACGGUCAGCCAAGCGCGGCAGCAGCCGCAAGAGCGCGCCCGGGGUGGCAGCAGCCGGAGGCGGUUCUCUGGCGCCCCCAGCUUCCCAGCCGCAAGACGUGAAGAGAAACGCGCGGCAGGAAGACCUCCACUACAGGCGUCCGCUCUGCAGCCACAGGUCCCCGCCAACAUCGUGGGGCCCCAAAAUCCCAGCGCACCAUCAGCAUCACGCGGAGGGGGCAGCAGCAGCGCAGGCAGGCAGCAGGGCAGCAGCAGCAGCAGCAGCACAAUCCCUCAUCUACUCGCAGCCUGGCGGGUUUACUGUCAACGGGAUGCUCAGCUCGCACGCGGGGCAGAGCCUCAUGCACCCGGGGUUGGUGCGCGGGGAGUCCCCGGAGCUGGACCAUAGCAGCCACCAUCAUCACCAUCACCACCAUAAUCACCACACGCACCAUCACCAGCAUCACGGGGUGAGCCACGAGUCGCAAUCAGACGAGGACACCCCGACAUCUGAUGACUUGGAGCAUUUCGCCAAACAGUUCAAACAGCGGCGGAUCAAGCUGGGUUUCACACAGGCAGACGUGGGCUUAGCGCUGGGGACCCUGUACGGCAACGUGUUCUCACAGACCACCAUCUGCAGGUUCGAAGCGCUUCAGCUGAGCUUUAAGAACAUGUGCAAGCUGAAGCCUCUGCUGAACAAAUGGCUGGAGGAGGCCGAUUCCACGACCGGGAGCCCGACCAGCAUCGAUAAGAUCGCCACCCAGGGCAGAAAGAGGAAAAAGCGCACGUCCAUCGAGGUGAGCGUAAAAGGCGCGUUGGAGAGCCACUUCCUCAAGUGUCCCAAACCGUCCGCACAGGAGAUCAACUCUCUGGCAGACACUCUGCAGCUGGAGAAGGAGGUGGUCAGGGUCUGGUUCUGCAACCGCAGGCAGAAAGAGAAGCGCAUGACGCCGCCUGGACUGCCACGCACCCCGGAGGACGCAUAUUCACAGGUGGGCAGCAUGGGUCCUGACACACCGUCCCUCCAUAGACUGCAAGAGGAUGUACAGCGACACGUGAAAUCAACGGCAGACACGCAAUCUGAACAACGUGAAGUGUUUGAGUAACUUUUUUGAGAAAAUAUUUCAUGUUUCCCUAAAUGAUGGGUUAAUUGAUCAACUUUUCUUACAGCUCCCCGUGUUCUUUGAUCCACAAUAAUAUUGUUAUCCAGUGUGUAUUCAUUUCAAAGCAGGAUACAUGUUUACUUUUAUGCAUCGCCGCGUUUUUCUGCACUAUGAUUCAACCUUUGGGCCACGAAAAUGAACAGCCUGAACAAGUCUUGUUAAAGCCUAUACAGAAUGAAGAUUUUGUCAAUUUGAUGCCAAGAAGUUCAGACAAAGAAAAAGUUAUUUCGGUAUCUCUGUAGUGUUAAAAAUAAAAUGUCUCUGCAGGUUUUGAUGUCCCACAGGCUAGACUGGGCUGUAGACUCCGCUUCUUUAAAAUGAAAGACAUUGAUUUAAUGGGCUUUAUUCAAGUUGUUUCUAAUGAGCAAUAAUUUAUCUUCCUUCAAACGUGUUUCUCACUUUUGUGUUGUGUGUCAGUGGAUUUAUGUUGUGACACAGUUUAUGGUGGCCAAAGAGCGACUCGAAAUAACUCCAGUAUUGUGUUUUCCUUCACAGGAAACUUUUUUUAAAUGCGCAAACAUUCCCUUAAGUUUAUAUACGAGUAAGUCUGCUGUGUGUAUUCUUGUGUGAUGAUUUGUACUAUUUAUUUUUUCCACUGUGUUUAUUUUCAUGGAU